AUCCAGUCAGCCUCAGCUACUUCACCACCACACGGCUAACUACCUAACGCUGCACCAACCAAUCAGUAGUCAAUUAAGCAGCACUUGACCAUGGCGCCCAAGCAGCUCCCCGCCGUCCUCCUCGCCGCCUGCGCCACCCUCCUGGCCCUCGCUGCGCCAUUGCUCGCCGGCGACCCCGACAUGCUCCAGGACUUCUGCGUCGCCGACUACAAAUCCCUUGACGGCCCAUUGCGGCUGAACGGGUUCCCGUGCAAGAGGCCGGAGAACGUGACGGCGGACGACUUCUUCUCCUCUGCGCUGGCACUCCCGGGCAACACCGGCAACCCGGUCGGCUCCGCGGUGACGGCGGCGAACGUGGACAAGCUCCCUGGGCUUAACACGCUGGGCGUCUCCAUGUCCCGCGUGGACUACGCGCCGUGGGGAGUGAACCCGCCGCACACCCACCCGCGCGCCACCGAGAUCGUCUACGUGCUCGAGGGCUCCCUCGACGUCGGCUUCAUCACCACCGCCGGCAAGCACUUCGCCCGCACAGUCUGCAAGGGCGAGCUAUUCGUUUUCCCCCGCGGCCUCGUCCACUACCAGAAGAACAACGGAGGCGCGCCGGCCGCCGCCAUCUCGGCCUUCAACAGCCAGCAUCCAGGCACGCAGUCCCUCGCCCUAGCGUUGUUCGCAGCCUCACCACCGGUGCCCACCGACGUGCUGGCCAGGGCGUUCCAGAUCGACGGCGGCCUGGUGGACGCCAUCAGGUCCAAGUUCCAGCCAAAGUAACCAGCAUGCAUGCAUGUUGGUUGGGUCAGCUCUACGUGCGUACUUGCUGUUAAUAAUGACGAGGACCACGUAAAAGUGCAGUUUCAGUUCAUUUGCUUGACAAUAUCUUUCGUAUAUUCUGAUUCUGAUUAUUUUGUGUCGGUGCAUGUUUUGUGAAGGGCCUCGUCGGUUGGUUUUUCUUCAUAAACCUACUGGUGAUUAAUUUGUAUGUGUCCAUUAUUGGUGAAAUGAAUGUUCCUCACUGCUUGAAUUUUCAUGAUA